UUGAGCCAGAUGUCCAAAACUCUCGUCAUUUGACCUGUGUAUUUACAGUUUUCAAACUGUUCUGUGUUCCUUACAUGAAGUAUUUCCUGAUAAUGUGAAUGUCAUUGAAUGUUGUGAUUGCGGGCUCAGAAGAAAUUUCGUCAGUGAUUGUGAUGUUGUGUAUUUCAUGAAUAAAAAAGCUUGAUUAAAUCAUCGAUUUUAAGGUCUUAAUGUUGCGAAGAAAUUUAAUAAAAGGUGCAUAAAUGGCUGUUCUAUUUGAUUGGUUUUAUUGAUUCUUAUUUCAAAAAAUUUUCUCAAUUUUAACCGUAGUUUGUAGCUGGCAUCGACAGAAAUGUACAUCGGUCAAAGGUCAUCCAAAGAUCACAACUCAUUACACUAUUGUUCCUCGAGAGUCAGAUCAAAGAUGGAAAGGUAUAAAUAUGUCGUUGAUUAAUGUCGCGUUUUUAAGGUGUUAUUUCUCCAUCAUUUUGUAAAAUUGAGGUACAUCCUCAUUACAGAUUUACAGUACCAUCCAAUGUACCAUUGGGCUAUUACAUUAAACCCCCCCCCCCUGUCGAGGCCUCUGCUUUUGGGGAUUUUACCCCUCUGGAAUGCAAAAGAAUCUGUGUAACUGACCCCUCUGGAAGAGACUUGAACCCCCUCUGGAAGUGCAUUUUUGCUUUUUAACCCCUCUGGAAAGAGCAUUUUUCUUCCAUUUUUCCGAAUUACCCCUCUGGAAAAAAUUACUAAUUUACCCUUGGAAAAUGAGGUCCUCGACAGGGGGGGGGGUACGGGCAUUAAAUGUAAUAGCCCAUUCAUGAUCCUGACUACUAAUGUAUUCUCUUGUGUGUGAUGUAAGGGCAUGCAAUGCCACUAUUAGGAAGCCGCCUUGAUGGCCAUUAUUGCUCUUUUCGACCAAAUGUUAUAUUGCCAUUUUUGACCAUGAAAAUUCAAAACAGAAAAUUGUAUGAGCAUGCGCAAUUGCAAAGGUCAUUUCAACUCUUCCUAAUGGCAAUGGCCAUGCCCACCUGCAUCAACUUUUUGGAAAGCCCCAAAUGAGAAACGUAAUAUGCAACAAAUAGAGGCCUGGGCAUAGGGAGCUCAGCAAAUUUAUGCAUUGACUGCCCUUGUACCUACUGAUUUAUUUCCUAGAAGUUACUAUCACAAGCAAAGUGCUGCCUAUAAACCCCCAAGGGGUGAAAGGCAGCAUGUGCAAUUUGCUGAAUAAGUGGCUUUUUAUAUGAUCCCGCUUUGCCAGGUCAUGCAUGCUAUGCAAGUUUUUAAUGAUCUAUAUAUAUAUAUAUAUAUAUAUAUAUAUAUAUAUAUAUAUAUAUAUAUAUAUAUAUAUAUAUAUAUAUAUAUAUAUAUAUAUAUAUAUAUAUAUAUAUAUAUAUAUAUAUAUAUAUAUAUAUAUAAGUUCAAUCAAAUUAGUAUUGACCAGGUUAUGUUGAAAUCUUGAUUGUUUUCUUUUAAUUUCCAAAUAUAUCAGUACUUUUUGUGAUUGAAAGACCUAUUGUGGUUUCGGUAUCGCUCUUUAAAGGUGGUUGAUGUCAUGCCGAUGUAGUGCUUUAUGCUGUUUGUGUUGUUUGUUGUGACAGUUGCCUUGUAUACUAUGUCCUUAGUCUUGUAUUUUACCUGUAGUGGGCAUGUGUAAUUCCUACAAUUGCAACUGUCUGUGUCCUCGCUCUGUGGCUUGUUUUUCCAACUUGUGUGUGCAUUGUGUUGAGUAAUGAUGGUCUUCACAUUGUUCAUGCAACUAUAGCUGACCUUAACUGUGUUUCUGUUAAAAAAAACAUGAAGUGUGCUAAUGUGAGCAGGACACACUAAAGUAAAGUCAUAGUCCAUUCAUGGCUUUUUAGUCGCUGCUUUAAAACUACGACAUGUAGUAUGUAUGCGUAUUCGAGAUAUGACUACUUGUCACCAGGGAUAUUUUCAAGCACUUUUAAUAGUCUACUACCAUUUUUCAGAAGAAGAUUUAAUUUCUUUUGGGGGGAGGAUGUUAAAAUAUUUUGUUGUCAGGGGCACACAUUCCAAAAUAUUUUGGAGGGGUGUAAAAAAUUUUGAAACUUUGCAGUCUCUAGAUCGUCGGAAAAGGCAUUUUCAGACUCUAGUUUGGCGAUCAGCUGGCUGUAGAGCACAGAAAGGAAGUUGAUUCAGGCAGUGUAUAAUGGCAAUUAGCAAUUCUGUAAACUUACUUAUUAUUUUUUGGACACUGUCCAAAAAAUAUAUCUCACAGAAACAAUAAUUUUGCGUAAUGUUUGCACCGGACGAUCGGGACCGAGAAAUGGUUCAUUUGGGAUCAACUUUUUGGACUGUUUCUCAAAAUUAUGAGGGUGUCACCCCCCCCCCCCCUGUAAUAUGCGGCCCUGUUUGUAGUACACAUUUCUAGUGUGCAUGCAUGGGCAUGAAUAUUCCUCUACAAGAUUUUGUGUCUCAGAAGUGAAACAGUUAUCAACAGCAUUUUGAACAAACUUGUAUAGAAAAACAGGUUAUUGAUGAAACAUUUACAUUAAAAGAAAUCAAAUUGUGAAAAAAAAUCAUUGUGCAUGGAGGAAGAUUGAGUUUCAUAACUCAAUUGAAGAUUGAGUAUUUACUACCGUAUACUGGUAGUAGAAAUUAAAAUGCUUGAAAUAAAAUAUAUACAUAAUUAUAUAUAUAUAUAUAGCUUAAGUUUUUGGUUUACAAAACACAAACAGUGCUCAAUACCAUAUAGAUAGAGCGUAAUAUAGUUUUUCGUUUUACCUCAAAAAAACCACAACAGUCUGUUUCAUCUGUAUAUAGGAUUCCUAUGCGGAUGAAACAAACUGUUGUGGGUUUUGAGGUAAAACGAAAAACUAUAAUUAUAUAUAUAUAUAUAUAUAUAUAUAUAUAUAUAUAUAUAUAUAUAUAUAUAUAUAUAUAUAUAUAUAUAUAUAUAUAUAUAUAGCUUAAGGUUUUGGUUUACGAAACACAAACAGUGCUCAAUACCAUAUAGAUAGAGCGUAAUAUAGUACGUUUUUCGUUUUACCUCAAAUAACCACAACAGUCUGUUUCAUCCAUAUAGGAAUCAUCAGAUGAUUCCUAUACGGAUGAAACAGACUGUUGUGGUUAUUUGAGGUAAAACGAAAAACUAUAUAUAGAAAUACUAAGUCCCAAUUUACCCCUAUUGCAGAACAACUGAACAAUCUGCUGAGGGCUCAGACAAAAUCUAUUUGUUGACAUUUUUGUUUAAUUUAAUAUAUCAUCAUGUUAGCUUCAGAUGACACCACUAAUUUGUAUAAAUUGUGGGCAUUAUUGAAAAAUAUAGUAUAUACCCUGAAAUGUCACACAACCAGGUGAAUAGACGAAUGUAGGUCGGUAUAGGAUUAUUUCAUAUUAUACUAACAAUGGACAUAUCUGAUAUCUCAGAGAUAUAUUUUUACAGACCGUCAUACCUUGUACAAAAAAAAUUGGUUGACAUGUUAUUACACACAGUAUAAUUAACCAAGUUUUUUUUUUAUUUGGCCUAACAUAACUGCUUUUAAGUUCAUAUGUGCAGACAACAAUCCACACUGGGUUGUUAUAGGAAUAUCUUUACAUUAAGCCUGAUUAUUAAGACGUGCAUGCACAAUAUUCCGCGUUUGUUUUUAAAACGUGCUGAAAUUAAGCACAUUGACAUCUAGAAUGAACAAUAGAUAUAAACUAAUCCCCUUGCAACAUUACCAUUGAUGCUAAAAGUACAUUUUGACUCGUUGUAUAAAUAUAAAGAUAAUCAGUGGGGGUGGUUUCGAAAACGAAGACCUACGAAAACGAAGACCGAAGACCUAAGAUGGGUCUUCGUAAUUACGAAAACGAAGACCCACUACGAAAACGAAGACCCAUCUUUGUUUUCGUACUACGAAAACGAAGACCCUAAAAUAUUUAUUUACAUUGUUUUCGUGCCCACUACGAAAACGAAGACCCAUCUUUGUUUUCGUACUACGAAAACGAAGACCCUAAAAUAUUUAUUUACAUUGUUUUUGCGAAAAUAAGCGUUUAAAUUUCAAUAUGUUUUCAGGGGGUUGACUAUACCUCUCGUUAGGGCACUUCCUAAGAACACGACGUAUACUGGAAAAAUCCCUUACGCUAAAUUAACUUGAAUCACUGAGACAUCUGUGUGUACUAUGUAUGCACUCUGGUGGUUCUAUUGACCGUGGUAUUACUGAUUCAAACUUAACUGAUUUGCCCAGACAUUGACAGUAGUACAGCAAUUAAAUAAAUACAUGUCGAAUAUUUGUUAACAUUGUAAAUUUUGCAAUUGUAAUUCUGACAUUCUGUUGUUGACAUUUUAAAAUUAUUUAGUUACUUGUCUGAUGUUUGCCUUUGACUAUAUUAAAAAUACUUGAGUGAUUUACUGAAUACUGGUUUAGGUUUCUAGUGAUUCUAUUUUUAUUGCUGAAUCGUAUUUUCCUUGAUCAUAUUGACAUAUAUACCAUAACAUAUUAUUAUUCCUUAAUUUUUCCAGCAAUUUAUCGGAAAUUUUUCGCGACACUUUUACGCUUAUUUUCGCGAAAACAAUGUAAAUAAAUAUUUUAGGGUCUUCGUUUUCGUAAUACGAAAACAAAGAUGGGUCUUCGUUUUCGUAGUGGGCGCGAAAACAAUGUAAAUAAAUAUUUUAGGGUCUUCGUUUUCGUAGUACGAAAACAAAGAUGGGUCUUCGUUUUCGUAGUGGGUAAUUACGUAAUUACGAAGACCCAUCUUAGGUCUUCGUUUUCGUAGGUCUUCGUUUUCGAAACCACCAAUCAGUGGGCUAUUAAAACUGCCGAUAAAUUCAUGAAAUCAUAUUGUUUCAAUACCUCUAUAUCGAACACUAAGCAGCAGAUCUAAAUAUAAAUGGCUUCACAGGGCCGUAGGAAGCUCUUUUCGAUUGGGGGGGCUGAAAGCGAGGGCUGAAAGCGAGGGCCGAAGGCCCGAGGAAAUUUUUAAAUUUAGAAUCUCUAAAAUGCCAUUUCCUGGACUUUGGGGGAAGAUUUAACAGAAUUCUGAUAGUCAGAAAACAGCGUUUUAGUAUGUCGAAAUUUACAGGAAAGUAUGGGCCAGACUGUAGUAUUAUAAAUGCGCGGCGGGAAUUUUCGUCGUAAAUGGCAGUUGCGCGGAAAUGAAGGCAGAACAUUUGAGAAAAUUUCGAAAAUCUGGAGUCUCUAAAUGGUCUGAAAUGGCAUUUUCAGAGUUUUCUUUCGCAAGACCCAACACGCAAAAGACAAAAUAAAUCAUUAGUUCAUCAAAAAUGUGCAGAUUUUGUGGGAUUUUCUUGAAAAUGCGCGACAGAAAUUCAGCUAAAAUUUCUACGCGAGGAACGAUCUGGAGUAUGAGUCAUAUCUUCAUUCUUUGCAGUUUGUCACAGAUUAAAUGAUAAAGUUUGCAUGAUUUUGAAAAAAGAAUGAUUAUUAGCAAAUUAUUGGGGGGGCUGCAGCCCCCCCGGUUGCUACGGCCCUGCUUCAUGUAUAUAUCACCAGAAAGAAAUAAAGCUAUCCUUACCUGAAUUAUUCAAAAUAUUGUCGAUCGUUUGCAUCGUGAAAAUCCAACAUACUGCAUGUAAAUAUAAUCUCGUAACUGAAAUCCUGAGAAAAAUCAUGCGAGCGCAAUACAAAAUAAAGUUUGACCACCCGGCCCCCUCAUUUAUAAACUUCCUGAAGCUUAAUUAUUUCCCUGGAAUUACGACAUCUUUACAGACAGACAGACAGACAGACAGACAGACAGACAGACAGACAGACAGACAGACAGACAGACAGGCAGACAGACAGACAGGCAGGCAGGCAGGCAGGCAGGCAGGCAGGCAGGCAGGCAGGCAGGCAGGCAGGCAGGCAGGCAGACAGACAGACAGACAGACAGACAGACAGACAGACAGACAGACACAAAUCGAAAUCUCGACUAUAUAUAACUCGGCCAAAGAGACUGGACACAAGUAAAUGCAAUACUUCAUGUCAAGAUUAGUGUGCUGCCAAUAUCCUAAUGUUCAGCAAAAUUGCUAAACAGACCAUUUGUAGCGGACCAAAUGGUCAGUCGGUAAUAGAAACUUGUGGUACUGUACCUAGACUGCUGCUGCAGCCAGAGCCCUAUAGCCAUGGGGUGGGGGUCUCCUCCCACUUUCUAGCCUGCGUAGCAGGCGUUUAGUGUGGGCGGGAGAAGAGAGGGUGUCCGCGAGGAAACAGACAGACAGACAGACAGACAGACAGACAGACAGACAGACAGACAGACAGACAGACAGACAGACAGACAGACAGACAGACAGACAGACAGACACAAAUCGAAAUCUCGACUAUAUAUAACUCGGCCAAAGAGACUGGACACAAGUAAAUGCAAUACUUCAUGUCAAGAUUAGUGUGCUGCCAAUAUCCUAAUGUUCAGCAAAAUUGCUAAACAGACCAUUUGUAGCGGACCAAAUGGUCAGUCGGUAAUAGAAACUUGUGGUACUGUACCUAGACUGCUGCUGCAGCCAGAGCCCUAUAGCCAUGGGGUGGGGGUCUCCUCCCACUUUCUAGCCUGCGUAGCAGGCGUUUAGUGUGGGCGGGAGAAGAGAGGGUGUCCGCGAGGAAACGCCUGCCCAAAUGGCUAUGACUAAUCUGACUCGUCCCCAGUCGCUCACGUUGGAUGAUGGGAAUGGGUUAGGUUUGUGCCUAACCCGCGAACGGGCAUAUUCUCCCGUGCUAAAAUGUAACGAAGGACUGUGGAAGAGUCAGAUGGCUAAUGUAGACUGCGAGCAAUCCCUAAUAAAAUAGAUGUGACUAAUGUGUUUUCGCCCAUUAAGGGUGAUUGACCUUUUGUAAUUAGCACCUUCACCGGUUCACCCAUUAUCCAGCAUCAUGCAUGUUUUUUUGCUCGGCAACUAGGGAGAUUUUAUGCUAUUUUAGACAACAGAGAGCCGUUUUAUCCUUUAAAAGGCUCCUGAACCACGGUUGUUUAACGUAUUCUGCCGCAGCAAGUAACAGUUGAUAAGUGUUAUUCUUAAAAUCAUCGUCCAACUUCAUAGCUGCAAUGCCAAUUGAUGUAGCCUCAGCUAUAUAUGGUCUUGAAUUAUACUUUCAAGAAGACAAAUAACAAUUAUAACAAGACAACUAUAAGAAAUAGUCGAUUCCUGCUCGUGCUGGCAUGUAGCAAGCUUUGAUUUGGCGAUAGUGUAUAAUUGAAAGAUCAAACUUUUUCUAUGUCCCGUAGCGUAGGAAGAAUCGCGAUAACGUCUUCACCACGGAGCAAAUUAAUAAUAGACUUUCUCUGUUUGGUUUCAACUGAAUUUCGAAACCUAAAAGACUUGAAAUAUCAGAAAGAGUUUCCUCCAAAGCAUUAACAGCCAUAUUUUUUAUGAGAAUAUAUACGCUGGCAAAAUUAUUGUUGACAUUUGAGUUACGUAAUUACUUCCGUUAACGAAAUUGAUCAAUGGGAAUUAAAGCCGAAGUUUCUUGAAUUUCUUCGGUCAAAAACAAAUUUGUCAUAGCCAUUUGGACAGGCGUUUCCUCGACGACGCCCUCUCUUCUCCCGCCCGCACUAAACGCCUGCUACGCAGGCUACCCACUUUCCUUCAGGACUACCUUUGGGAGAUGUUUGAAUCUGUUGAGAAAUGCUAUGGGGGGGGGGCAUGUGUACAAUAUAAUGUCACCCCACCUUGUACAGCAAAUUUGUUGUACAAAAGUAAAAAAGACAUUAUAAAUGCGAAAGAAAUUUCACACUACGCAAGCAAGCACACUUGCAAACAUGUACAAGCACACGUUUGAGUGUUGUUUUCUGGACCUCUGACCCUGAAUGACACAUUCUAACAGUGUUGGGUAACAGGCAGCAAGUCCAAUACCAAUAUGCUUAAUCAGCUGACGCUUUCUCAUAUGUGAAUAAGCAUGUGGCCCACUUCCAUCACAUUUCCAAAGUCCCUGUAGAUUGCAAUUACUACAGUAUAUGGUAACCAUUCUAUUCUGUACCUUAAUUUAUUGCAGCCAUUGUGUAUUGUGGUAAUGUAACUAUGCAUUAGGAUAUUCAAAAAUGUCAAUUCAGUGGUAACGCAUUAACAUACUUUAGCUGGUAAGCUGGAUUCUCAGUUGUUUCUCGAGACUUUCUCUUGUUAUUUCGCUUUCUAAGUGUUUAUAUUCAGAACAUGCAUUUGAAAACCUCUUCUAAGCAUUCCCAUACAACACUUGAGGGGUCAACUUCUCGGGGUUACCAACUGAAGAUCCUCUUAGUAAAUACUGUGGGCUACGUGGAAAUCACGUGGCAUCCUGGUUGGCCAACUGCGAACGGUCCCUCCUUUCCUACCAUGCUGUAUCAAUUGCAUUAUGCAUAUCAGCAUAUAUGGUACAUUAACUGGACGUUUUUCUUUUAUUUCAUAUCGGCAAGAUGUCGAUAUGGAAAGGUUCGCAGAUGAAACAGAUGUUGUGAUAGUUGGUGGAGGACCUGCAGGUUUAUCAGCAGCAAUCAAGUUAAAACAGUUGGCAAAUGAUAGUGGCAAGGAAAUCAGAGUCUGUCUGUUGGAGAAAGCACCUGAAAUUGGUACCGUAUAGUGCAAUUAUAUCUUUUCAAAUUAGAUUUUUGGUGAUGUGAAUAUUUUAUACUGCAGAGAAAACAUCAUUAAUGAUACAAUUUUGAACUUAAUUAAAGCUGUUCAGUAAAUGAUACAGUAUAUUACAUUAAUUAGUAUAUUAAUUAAUGAUUAAAGCUGUUCAGUAGUGCAUUUAUAUUACAUUAUGUAAUAUAUUAUGAGAUUUAUAAUUAAGGCACUAUCAUGUAGGAGAUAGUAGUCAACUGGCAGUUAUCUUAGAGAGAAAAUUUUGUAAGUUAUCUUAUUUAAUCAUUAUGAUGUUGUAUACUUGUACAGUAUAUUUGGAGACAACUGUUUAACAGAAUUGAGAUAUUUACGGUAGUUUAUAUAUAAUUUGCUAGUUCCUAUAACCGUUAAUGUUGCCCACCAUCUGCUGCCCCAUAACACUUACUGAAACCCACCUAUAGGAGGAGUAGCAUUGAUAUAUUACAAGCACUAAUAUAUAUGUUAAGAAAUUUACGAAUUAAUUAAAAGUGCAUUGUCAUGUACAGAGCAGGACAGUCAUUUGACUUAGUUAUAUAGAAGAUGAUAUACAGUGGUUGUAUUAUUCGAUUUGUCAAACAGUCGUCAGAUUGACACUUGCCUAUUUAACAAAUAAAUAACAUUUUGUUCAACAUUGUUUCCACACUAUGACGUCAUCAUAACGUGGUAGGAAAAAGUGCCCACAAGCCGCUGGGGCGAGUGAGUCACCAAUGUUCUUAUCAUGUUUUGAUGUCAUAUCCAUAACAGACAAACAAUGAUGAAAUGUUGUCUAUUUGUUUUAUAAAAUAAAACGUCACUAAAAUGGCGUAGCUUACGACUAAUGAAAAGAAAGAAUGAACUAAGAUUAUUAAUAUGUAAGUUAUGUAAUUCAUUUUAUGUUGCUUAUGUAGGGGCGCACAUUCUCUCUGGAGCGUGUAUAGAACCUCGUUCUUUAAAUGAACUCAUUCCAGACUGGGAAGAGAAAGGGGUAAGUUUGAUAAUGUACAGUAGGAAAAUGAAUAAUGUUUGUUUAACACCUUGCAGAGAAUCUCUGUUCUCUAACACUUUGCAGGGAAUGUGCGUUGUAUAACACCCUGCAGAAAAUCGAUGUUGUUUAACACCCUGCAGAAAAUCUCUGUUCUCUAGUACUCUGUAGAGAAUCUAUUUUGCAUUGUAUAACACCCAGAAGAGAAUCUAUAGUGUUGUAUAACCUUGCAGAGAAUCUCUGUUCUCUAACACUUUGCAGGGAAUGUGCGUUGUUUAACACCCUGCAGAGAAUCUCUGUUCUCUAAUCUAUAGUGUUGUAUAACACCCUGCAGAGAAUCUCCGUUAUGUAACACCCUGUAGAGAAUGUGUGUUGUAUUGUAUAACACCUGCAAAGAAAGUUUCUGCAACAGGUAUAAUCUUUAGAGAAGUAAAGGUUUGGUGAAUAUCGCGCACUCGUCUCAUGCAUUUCAUCUUAUAUCGAGUCUCAAAUUGUGCCAACUUACCCUGUUUUACAUAUUAAUAUGUAAUAAUUCAAUCUACAUAAUUUUCCUGUAGGCUCCGUUGAAGACAAAAGUCACCAAGGAUAAGUUUUCUUUUCUUACAAAAAACAACAGAAUACCAUUACCGAUUCUACCAGGUAAAACUUGUGAUGUACUGAAUGUAAUAUUCGUCAUUAUACACUUGUGCAAGAAGAUAUUCUAAUUGCUUAUACAACUAUUAAUCCCGAAGCCAACAGCGUGAAAUGCAUGUGCAUAUGGGCGUACGGCCAGAGACUAUUUGGCAUAUAUAGGUAAUAACAUAACAUAACAUAACAUUUAUUAAUUUAUAUCGCGCAAAUUCAACAAUGCAGUCUUCAAAUGCGCGUUACAACAAUGGAUAGGACAAUUAAAAUACGUAGAACUAAUAUUACAUAUUUAAUCUAAAAACUAAGCUAAUAGAAAGCCUCUCUAAAAAGAUAUAUCUUAAGAUCUUGCUUAAAUAUAUUAAAAUCAGAGAUACUCCUAAGAUUCAAUGGCAAUACAGUCCAUAGUUUUGGUGCAGCAGCCACAAAGUCUCUGUCACUAAGAGUAGACAAUGUCUUAAAAUUUGGCGGACAUAAAACAAGUUUGUUAUUUGAUCUUAGGCUAUAAGAAGAGUUUGUUUUAAAAGUUAUAAGUUCAGUUAUAUAAUUAGGGGCAGUUCCAUGAAUUGCCUUAAACGUAAGUGUAAUUAUCUCAUAUUCAAUUCGAUAUUUGACUGACAACCAGUGUAACUCGUACAACAGCGGAGUAAUAUGGCUAAACCGAGGUGCACGGUAGAGAAUCCUUGCAGCAGCAUUCUGAACACGUUGUAAUUUGGCAAUAGUAUUGUUGGGCAGUCCAUAUGACAGUCCAAAUCUAAAUAAAGUUACGACGUUCUAUGUAGCCUAUGUUGUGCAAUUUGUCGGACAGAAUUGGACGAAUAAUUUUUUCAUUGGGGGACAAAUUAACAACUUGUCAUUCUGAUUCACAACAAAUCGUAGUGGGUAAACGUGUACAUACCUUUACGAAACAUCGGUCUUUCAGUGAUAAAUAUAUCAUCCCUUGUGAGAGGGUUUUUAAAUUUCAUUUAAACCUGGAAAAUUAAUAUAUAUUUUUAACAAUAAUUAUAAUUCACUUCCCACAUAUACUGCCUGGCGUUCCACUUGAUACAUUAUAUAAACCGAUGUUUGAUUGUGUAGGAAUGCCAAUGAACAACCACGGGAACUACGUUGUUCGUCUUGGGCACUUUGUGAACUGGUUAGGCGAACAGGCUGAAGAAUUAGGUGUUGAAGUUUAUCCUGGCUUUGCCGCAAGUGAGGUGAGGCUUCGUUAUAAAUUGGUAACACAGGCAAUAUAACAUGCAAGCUUAACUACGGUAUCGUACAGUAACGCCCAAUUAAAGUAAAAUAGCUAGAAUGUGAAAUCAAUAUAAAAUAUUGUACAAUGUGCGUCUGAUCAUGACGCCUUCUAUUUUUUGUUGUUGUAGAAAGCUGUACAACCUGACGUACUAUAUCUAGUAUAUUGUAACUAAUUAUUUUAUCUCACGAUUGUUUUAUUAAACGACUGCUUCCAUAGGCCGGAUAGCGCUAUCCACUAGAUAGUGAUUUUUUCAACCUUUGUAAAAAUACCUGAAAAGCUGUAAAACUACUGAUAUGAACCACACAAGUAUAUAAAAACACUUUAACUUGUAAAUACUGAACUUUAAUAUGAGUUAUACCAAUCAACGACUUAUUUUAACAAAGCUUAAAAAAAUUUCGAAACUACGGAGUUUAAAGGAUGAAUGCCUGGAACAUUCACUGCGCGCAUUAGUCAUUGUUUUCAUUUUUAGUGCAGAGUUUCUUUGAAACUGUGCACUAUUGUGAUGAGUGGCGAAAAUUCACAUCUGUCAUACAUCAGAUAUCAUAGAGUAAACUUUCCGGGGGGUGUAUACGAUUUAUCUUCGUGGUGAUUUAUUCUACUUAGUGCUUUGAAGGUUAUUUAGGCAAUUUCAGUUGUCUUAUUUAAAUACUUAUUUUGUCCUUUUGCCAAGUUCACAAAAAUUUCCAGGAAUUGUUGUUAUUGUAAAUUUUCGUCAAUUUUAUAACAUUCGCUUCUCCGUGUUGUGUGAAAGAUUUUCCCCCCGGAACACCCAUUUUUUCUUUAGCAGCGCAAAUGCGCAUGCGCUAUCAAGCUGUAGAUCACGAUGGCGUGACGAAUGACGAUGCUAGGAAGGAGCGACACUGCCGAACAGUGUUGUUUUCAAAUUAUAAACAUUUUUAUAGACGUGAAUAUCGAGUAAAUCUUUGAGAAUUUACGCAAUAUAUAAAUUGAUGUUAUAUGACUUAUGCAUUACGGGCAUUCAAUUAAGUACCGAUAUUAUUUUGACGGUAUAUUCAAUUUCAAUAAAGCAGCGAGACAGUGUUGUUUUGUCUUUUGAAAUGUAUGAACAUUUCAGGCAUGAAUAUUGAGAAAAUCUUUGAGAUUCUACGCAAUAUAUAAAUUGAUCUUUUGCACUACGGGCAUUCAAUUAAGUACCGACGGUAUAUUCAUUAUACAGAGCUAGGAAGCAGCGAGACCGUGUUGUUUUCAAAUGUAUAAACAUUUCAGACAUAAAUAUUGAGAAAAUCUUUGUUUACGUGUAUAGCACAACGGUGCAAACUCGUGUUCAGUGCAACGAAAACUCUACCAGAUCUUACGAGAAUCUAUCUGUAUCAAAGCUUGUCAAAACUGCUAUAUAAAUACUGCUAUAACUGUGAAACUAUUGAAAUCUAAAGUUACAUUAUUGAAUACAUGCGAAAAGCUGAAAAUGACUCCUGAAACAACGUGACCUUCGAAAUAUAUCAAAGGUCAAUGAGACUUGUUAUUGUGAACACGUCAUAAUUAGAUUAAAAUGCGGAAAGCGGAUGCGGAUUCACGGAACGGAUAUGGGGAGAAAAUGCGGAACGGUUAUGGAUGAAAUGCGUCAUUUUAAUGAGUUUUUCGCCUCUUAUUUACGUUUCUGUGUUUUAGAUUUGUGUUCCUUUGUUGUAAUGGAAUACAACGUCGUAGUGCUUAUUAUUCAUAACAUAUCUUAUACAGCUAUUUUCUCAAGUUGUCACUGAGACAAUAGCCAAAGUGUACAAUAUGGGUGCUAAAAGGAUGGUGGGAAUAAUCACAGAUUUAAAUAAGUCACCUAGGUUGCAGGCGACCCUAUAUAGUGUCGUUUUCAAUUUGAAACUUUACAACAUAACAGAAAUUAUGCCUUGUUACUAAUAUUAUAUGAGGAAAUAAAUAAUAUUCAUAACUCUCGUCAUUCUUUAAUCUUAAAGUAUUAGAUUUAAACCAGAUCUUAGCAUUUUUACUGUUGUAACAGUCACGCGCGCUACUACUGUACGUCAUAUCGACAUGUGAUUAAAGCUAUAAACCACGCUUGAAAAACUAUUCAAUUAAUAAGCAUGUCAAUAUAGCGUUCGUCUUUGAAACUCUGCACUAUCCUUGGAUCCCUAGUUCCCUAUAAGGAGUGCUACCACAAAAAGCCACGAUCAUGAACUCAUCCUACAAGAUACAGUAUGGCGAGAACUAUUUAUUCAGGAUUACAUGAUUCAGGGUGCGAUAAUUCAAGAUUUUCAGCCGUACCUGACGGGUACUCCGAUAAUUACUGCCGCGUACUUAAACUGGCCCAAACCUGCACAAACGUUAGACCCAAGGUGUACUUAAGUCCUUAAGAAAAAGUUCAUAAAACACAGUAUUAUAAAAGGAAUUCAUUCAGUAACCUACGUUACAACUAAGAACAAGAGGGAAACCAAUUGCAUAUAGGUACACAAUUUGUUAAUUGCAUAUAUCAACACAACAAUUGACUCCACCGUUCCUUAGUCGUAUCAGUCCAAUCAUGAUCCAACUUGGGCAUACAACAAUUUGGGCAUGGAAAGGUCGUGUUAUUUCCCAACAAAAUGUACAGUAAGUACGCAGAUAGCCGAAAAGGAGUAUCAGACUAUAAUGUUGGGUACCUUCGGUACAGUACGUAAAUACGCGAAUUAUCGCACCUUCACGAUUACCUAACAGUAUUAAGCAGUGGGUUGUUCAUAGUUAGACUUGAUAUAAAUCCAUUCUUUAGGUUUUGUAUCAUGAAGAUGGAAGUGUAAAAGGUGUUGCUACAAAUGAUGUUGGAAUUCACAAGGACGGAUCCCCGAAGGUAUGCAAUAAAUAUGGUUUUCUAGCUUUCUGCCCUGGCAUUCUUUCACUCAUUUUUACUAAAGCUUUCACUAGCGUUCUGCCAUUCCACUCGUUUCUUUCCUUAAUAUUGCAAUUUUUACUGCGAUUUUAGGUGCGAAUUUCUUCUGAUGGAAUUGAACCAGUGGAAGAGUUAUAAAUGUUCAGAUGACGGUUCAUAUACCCAGAACAUUCCAAACUCACCUGCUCGUUCACUCGCAUCGCAAGAAGAAAAUCGCACUUAGAAAUCGCAGACUUCAGACAAUGUGUGGAUCUGGCCUCAUCUUUUAGAGAGGGUUGAAGGUUUUCCAGAGAGGGAUGGAACAACAUUGUUGACAACUUACAUAUAGGGAGGGGAGGGGGUACAGCACAACCUUGUUGACGCCUGUCGAUAUCAACCGGGAACAGGUUGUACAUUUUUACGCGUGUGGCACAUGUUUAAUAUGUUAAUUAUUGGAUGAUUUAGGCAAAUUUCGAGCGAGGAAUGGAGUUCCAUGCAAAAUUAACGUUGUUUGGUGAAGGAUGUCAUGGACAUCUUGCUAAGACAUUAGUCUCAAAGUUUGAUCUGCGUAAGAACUGUCAACAUCAGACAUACGGCAUUGGAUUGAAAGAGGUUUGUACAGUAUAUUAGUUUUAAAGUUCAUUUAAUUUUGCUGUAACAUUAACUUUAUACCCGUAGAAUCGAGUUCAGAUUCACAAAACUAUCGUGACGUUUGAGUCAAACGUGCUUAAACUUUAAACAUACAUAAUUUACAAGGGUUAAUGUGGGGGCUAAAAUAGAUCAUUCAUUUAGUGUAUUGCUUAAAAUUAAUCUAGCGAGCAAUCAUUAUUAAAAUAAUUUGUUCAUUCAAUUUUAUUCUCUAGCUAUGGGAAAUUGAUCCGAAAAAUCACGAACCCGGCUUAGUGGAACAUACAUGUGGCUGGCCAGCGGUAUGUAUAGUUUCGUGUACCGGUUAAUCUCCCAUGUUUCGCGCGAAUAUAGGUUGGGAUUAGCGUUGGGAUAGGUUUAGUUUACUUUAUUGGUGCGCUAAACAUGGGAGGUUAAAUAAAAGUAUUGUCUUCAAUCUCCAACUUACCUGUCACGUUUUAGGGGGAGUUACUAUUUUUAGACUUUUGUAGUUUUGUAUUCUUUUCUAUUUUAACCCUAAACCUAAACCUUACUCUAAUCCUAACCCUAAUUUUAAUCAACCCUUUCCCUAAUCCAAAUCCUAACCCUAAAAGUCUAAAAAUAGUAACUCCCGCUAAAACUUCACUCAUAUGCCAACUUAAAAUGUAUAAUAAUAAUAACAACACAGUUUAUCCCAAACAAUGCAGUUAGAGCUUUUGUAUUAAAAAAGCUGCUAGGUUUUUGCUAAUGACGAUUUUAAAAAAGUAAUAUAGAAAACAUCAUUCUAUCUUAUAGCGGUUCAGGCCUUAAAAUAUCUUUUACAGGGACGUCUGACAAAAUGUCCGAUGACGUUGAGUUUGGGUCGGACAUAUGUCUGAUGACCUUCAGUUCAGUUUUGACUUGGAAAUAAGUCUGAAUGACACAAAUGAAUAUCAGGACAAUGUAUUCUGAACGGUAAAUGUUGUGAAGAUAUUAAAUAAUUUGUUUCUUUCACACUUAUUUCCAAGCCAAAAUUAACUUGCUUGCCAGAACAGCGUAUUAAAAGACUUCGACAACUUUGAUUUACGUUGGACAAAGCUACAGUUCGGUCGGACACAAUUACACUCAGGUCGGACAAACAAUAAACCUCAGUUUCACUUAGGUCGGACAGAAUGCCCGGUAGUUUCCUCUCUACGUCGGACAAUUUAACGAAUGGGUCGGACAAUGUCCGUGACCGACCGAUAUUUUAAGGCCUGGCGUUUAAUUGGUUGCUAAUACUGGAGUAUCUUAUGUAUCAGAAAUAUGUUCAUGUCUUGCUUUUCAGGACAAGAAUACAUAUGCUGGAUCGUUUAUUUACCACUUGGAUGAAGGACCACUUGUUUCUAUUGGAUAUGUUGUAAGUGUAGUACAAUAUAAGGCGUUGCAGAUUGCCUCGUGUAACACCAGUGGCGAACUAGCCAUACAAUAGCAACAGGUCAUGCUUUGCAAAUUUUUUAUGAUUUGCGUUAUUCAAACCUUACAUACAAGUUUAUUAGCAUAGCAUGACCAUGCAGUUGCCAUGGCUGGCUUCGCCACUGUGCAACACUCCUAGGUUGCAACUGGUGUCGCAAUGAAAAAUUGCGUUGAGAGUUGCAGAGAAAGUUGAACCAGUACUGCAUAUACUUUUUGCAAUGAAGCACAAAUUUUUUUUGAAAAUCAACCAAUCAUGAAACAGGCAAGCCUAUAUAUUCUUAAGCCAUACAGGUUCUUCCCACGAGGAUGAAUAAUACGCUCUACGUUGUAACUCAUACCUUCGAUAUUGUUUAUAUGACCGUGACAAGCGUGUAUUUGUGUGCAGGCUUCGUGAUUUUUAUUUUUUAUGAUGUUGUAGCUAUUUUUCACGGAGUGAUACAUUAUGACGUAGUCGGCUUAACAUGAAUGAAUUUUUGUAAUUUAACCCUUUUCCGAAGGUUUUGGCAAGAUCAUUCAGUGUGUAUUUAUAAUAUAUAGAUAACGAAAGGGUAAUAACACAAUGCAUGCACAAGGUGACAAGGCCUAUUCUGUUAAUAUAUAUAUAUAUGUUCUCUUAUGUUCUAUGUAGGUUGGUUUAGAUUAUUCCAAUCCAUACAUAAGUCCAUUUAAGGAAUUUCAGGUACAAAUGUGAUAGAAAUGUGCACGGAUAGGUAAAAUAAAAUGGGAAAUAUCCCGAAAUGAAAUAAGGUAAUGCAUGGUAUAUAUAAUUGACGCAUUCCUGCCAUCACGCGCAGCCGUUGCAUGGGCAUGGGACUUACCUCCACACCGGCCUUGCAUGCGACGUAUUACACGGGAAGGAUCGAAUAUUUUUUACACCGAGAAAGUGAAUUUUCUCACAAAAUGAAAGUCUCUGUUCCAUAUUUGACGAAACCUCUUUCUGAAUGUAAUUCAUACUUUCCUUAAUUUCUUUUUGUGGUAUGUUUCCCAUUGGGAAAUCAAUCUAACGUUUCUCAAGAGUCAAAUACAGCACAUUGAUUUUUCAAAACAUUGAUCACAGUACAUUGAUCUUGCGUGAGUUGCGCGCAUUAUAAUUACAGAAGUAGCUACAGUUCAAUAAAAACUCUAAUAUUCAAUAUUUUUCAGCGUUUAAAAACUCAUCCUUAUAUUGAAAAGACGUUAGAAGGCGGGAAAAGGAUAGGUUACGGAGCUCGUGCUUUAAACGAAGGUGGUGUGCAGGUAAUGUUUGUGAGUUUUGAAAGCUGCCAAAGAAAACGACUCUAGUGCAUGUAAUAUUUUAUUAUACAUUCAAAUUUGAUGUUCUUGAUUGGUCAGCAAUCUUUGGAAAAUUCUCAAACUCCGAUAUAUAGCUAUUAUGUUAUCACGACUGCUAUUAUGUUAUUUACGAGCUGCCUACGUACGUUCGGUCCAGAACGAAGUACUACUUGGUGUAGAGCCCAGGUCCCCUCUGCAGUCAACCCUGGAAAGGUCGCAUGGGUUUAUAAUAGACGAUUUAUUUUCGAAUCUUAGUGUUGUAUACAUAUCAAGCGAUGUAAAUACCCUUACAUGUUCUCGUGUCGGGUGAUAUAAGAACAAAAAUUACCUCCUUUUAUCCGACUGUGUUUGUUUGUGUGUUGGUUUGUGUGGCUAUCAAACAGUUACCUAAGAACAAAUUGAUUAAAUUUUGGAAAUUUUAUUAUAUUACGAUUAUAUUAUAUAUUAUCUUCUGCUCGAAAUUUCCAUCUAGAAAAACGCUUCUUCUCGAUCAAGCGAGAUGCCCAAGAUCUUGAUUAAAUUUUGGUACUUUUGGAUGAAAAUUGGAUGAGAAAUGUACAAAAUGUUGUCUUACUUUACGGGCUGAAUAGAAUUGAAUGCCUAUCAGUGCUUUAAUAAUGAUUUGUACAUGAAUAUACUUGUUUAUUUGCUUGCGGAGGUAUACAAUCUCUUAGUGUCCUCUAGUGUGGAUUAUUGUAGUUCUGGUUUAAUCGUUUAGAGUAUUCCUAAACUGGCAUUCCCUGGUGGAGCCCUAAUUGGAUGUAGUCCUGGCUUCAUGAAUGUACCUAAAGUCAAAGGGACUCACAAUGCAAUGAAAAGUGGAAUUGUAGCUGCUGAGAGUGCGUUUGAAGCUCUAACAGAUGAAAAUUAUAGUUGCGACACUCAAGGUAUAUGGUCUCUCUCCUCCGCAGAGGUUAUUUAUUCUAUUUAUAAUGUUCUUCGGUUCUCUUCGGAUAGUUCUUGGAGUUACUGUAAUCGCGAUAGGGUAUAUGGUCACUCUCCUCCACAGAGGUUAUUUAUUCUAUUUAUAAUGUUCUUCGGUUCUCUUCGGAUAGUUCUCGGAGUUAAUCGCGAUAAGGUGCUGGACCAGCACCCUAUCGCGAUUAACUCCGAGAACUAUCCGAAGAACAUUAUAAAUAGAAUAAGUAACCUCUGCGGAGGAGAGAGGUAUAUGGUAGAAUGCAAUUCAGGAUAACGCUAGCCCAUUAUGGCUAGGUGACCAUUUUUACGCGCAGGUCGCGGAAACUGAUGAACAAAAUGUUUGAACUUCCAAAAUGUCCUGACGUGAGCAGUUGCUCGCGCCAUCUCACGCCAAAUGUUGCGCGUGUUCUAUAGCGUUUUACUGUUAAUUGCUGACGUCGCUAGAAUUUUCCAUUUUAGAAAAACAAUGUGCUAUAUCUCUCUUAACUAUUUUGUCUGGUGACGUAUGUUCAAAUUUUGCAUGUUGUACUGCACCGCAUAUUUGGUGUCUGCACUUUUGGUAGCUCACCCCUCACCCCUUAAUAGCUGCACGAAAAUUUGUGGCCCACCCUUAAAUUGGUGCUGCAAAAUUAUGACCCACCCUUUCAGAAAGGCGAAAGAUACCAGCAUUCUAUUUUUCUGUUGCCAAAUAAUUCUGUGUUACAAUACUCGAUAGCUAUUCAAAUGGUGCAAUUAAAAUUCAGGGCCUCUUUUAAGGAUGUGUAACUGGAGGGGACAUAUUUAGCGGGGGCCUGGAGAAGUUCCAGUCGGCAAGUCUAUAUCACUGCAGGCUGCAGCUACCAGCAUAUAUAUGCAUGGUUAACUAAAAAAAUGCUGUGCUGAGUGGUUAUAUUACUACCUUAAAAAAUAAGCAGAAACUCAACUGAAAAACAAACUUUUAUUUUUUAAUUUUUAUAUUUUAUUUUUUAUAUUUUAAGGUAGUAAUAUAACCACUCAGCACAGCAUUUUCACAUUGGUACUACCCACACUGGUACAGACAGUUUUAGUAUGGUUUAACUAAGUAUACGUCAUAGGGCAGCAGAUCAGGCCGUAACCAGGAUACUGAGACAACCGAGUCGACCAGAUCGAAAAUUUUGGGCAUAACCCCGAGAAAAUUUUGGAUUUCUUGAAGCUCAGAUAAGCUAUUUCCCGCAUUUUGGAGAGUUUUCCAACAAGAAAUUAAUCUUAUAAACAGUGACACAAUUACUGCAAUUUCAUAGUCUGCCAAAUGUAAUCCAGUCCCAAUAAGGCAACAUGGUGUGAUGAUGCGGUAAUUAAAAUGUGUGUGGUAGAGUAAAUUAUCAUUCACCACACUUCAAAUUCUACAGUACUGUAUUACAUGUAAUGGCGUACUUGAAAUCGACGCAUUUGUCUUCUCAGUGUCACUGAAGAGCAAGAUAGGGGAUAGGGUGGUCUCUUUGGACUAUCUUUGCUUGGAGAAACUAAACUACAAUUUCAUCGUGAAGUGCCAUUUCAUGCCUUGUUCCACGAGCAAAUUAUUUCAGUCAUGGUUUAGGUUUCUGGCGAUGUUUAAAUUUCAGUCCCCAAAUUCUGGCCUACAAAGUCAACUGACUCGGUUGACUCAGCUAGUUACGGGUCUGCAGAUGAUGGUCAAAUUCAGAAAUGUUAACAACUUUAACAUCGUUUUCUCACUUUGAUACAUAAUUGCUGGUUGACCACCUACUGCAGGUAGUUCUUAGGGACCUCACUGGGUAAAUGGCCGACUGAGGGGCCAGUAAGAGGGCUGGGGAAUCAUGUCCUCCCCAGUCUAUAUGUUAAAAGAGGCCUAGAUUAAAUACAGAAAGGUCUUUCUUUGCAUUUCUCUAAAUUUUACACAUGGAUCCUACGUUUUAUUUCUAUUUUUAUAAUACGAAUUUUAAUGCACAUGCCCUUGAAAAAAUUUCUGCAUAUUUUUACCUGGCCCACCCUUAUGAUUGCACUUAACUUUCGAUGACCCACCCCUUCAACCGUGCUCAAAAAUAGUGGCCCACCCCCUAUUUUUCCCAGGCCCCCCUUUUACUUUAUGACCUGUCCCUUAUACAAAAAAUAAAAAAAUUUGUAAUGCCAAAUACAUUUUACCGAAGAGUACGACAUUUUCGCAUUUUCCAAAAAAUGACGUUACAGAAUUCUUUUAUAUUUUGCUGAUUGUUAGUUUUUCUUGGGGGUUACCAUGCUUCUUUUCCAAAAAAAAAAUGGGGGUCACCAUGCUUCUUUUCCAACUAUACGAGGCGAUAGGCCAUUUUGGAGUGAAUUUCAUACACACACGUAUGUCGUCAUAGCAACGAACUGUCUGUUACUAAAACUAAUAUAAUUUGAAAGUAGAGAUAUCAAAAUAUAUAGAAACCCCAAUGUCUGCUGAAUAAAUCCUAAAAAUGCGUAGUUUGAACAUGUCAAAGUGUUGAACACCUGAAUUUCUGAAAAGUGUAUCAAGCCACCUUAAAAACACUUUACUUACAUACAGCCCUAAUCCCCUUAGUCUCUUCCAAAUCAAUAAAAUAUUAACUACAAAACACUUAUAAUUAUAUAUAAUUAUAUAUAUGACUAACGGUUAUUUAAAAUUGUGUUCCUAAAGGUUCGUUUAAAAACCUUUCUUGACUUGCUAUAGGAAACAAAACGAUAGUGAAAGCUCCGUGAAACUUAUAAGUUGAGCCUCAAUUUAUAAAUAUGUCCAAGUAAAGCAAAGCAAACAGCGCGCGAAAAUUCUUACUUUCUAUUAUGCUCAUCUGUCUAGGUUUAUACUUAAAGAACUAUGAAGAGGCAUUCCGUAAUAGCUGGGUAUAUAAGGAACUGAAUGCCGUUCGUAACGUGAGACCUUCAUUCAACAGCGCGCUUGGUUUAUAUGGUGGUAUCGUGUAUACAGGAGUUGUCUAUUAUCUGCUACGUGGUAAAGAACCGUGGACAUUCAAACACAAACACACAGACCACAACUCGUUGAAACCUGCAAAAGAAUGUAAAGUUGUGGAAUACCCCAAACCUGAUGACAAACUGACAUUCGACUUGUUAUCAUCGGUGGCAUUAACGGGUACCAACCACGAAGGCGAUCAACCAGCACAUUUAACCUUGCGUGAUGACAGCGUGCCUGUUGACCGUAACUUGGCAGUCUUUGAUGGCCCUGAACAGCGUUUCUGUCCUGCCGGGGUGUACGAAUAUGUACCAGAGGAAGAAGGCGAUGGUAUGAAAUUGCAAAUUAAUGCUCAGAACUGUAUACAUUGUAAAACAUGUGAUAUUAAGGAUCCCAGUCAGAAUAUUAACUGGGUUGUACCAGAGGGUGGCGAAGGACCAGCAUAUAAUGGAAUGUAGGGAACAAUACUAAACGUACAGUAUACAUCUCAUGAUCGGUCCACUUUCUUUAGUUCUAUCUUGCAAUACAAACGGCAUCGGUGGAUAUGUUUUAACAAUUUAUUGUAAAAAAUAUUUUAAUACAAUUUUUCGCUCUGUGUGGUUUUCACGACCUCAUUUCCUUUUGUGUUAUCAUCAUAGUAGUUUACACUAUUUAUAUUUUGGAAUUAAAAUCUGUAAAGCGUACAUAUAGGAAGACCAAGGGAUGAUUUGUUACUAGUAGUAAUAGCAGAGCAGCAAAAAUUACUCCUUCCUCCAUGAGAUAAGAAGAUAAGAUACAUGCAUGAUCUAUUGUUAAUAUUUACAUUUGCUUUCCUUUAACUUGUUGGGUUUCCGGUCCCCCCCCCCCGGUUAAUUAUGCUGUUAUCUGCACUAGGCUCCUGAGCCAGUUGUACGAAGGGUGGAUAGCGCUAUCCACCGGAUAGUAAUUUUUUCAAGCUUUCUAAAAUUGUCGGUUUGGUUUAUUGGUAUAACUCAGAUUAAUAUUUACAUAUUACAAUUUCUUUUAUGUAUUUUAUAGUUUCUUUUAUUGCGAGUUCGAUGUCCGUAGUUUUAUUGCUUUUCAAAUUUUGAAAAGCAUCACGUACAGUGAAAUGGGAUGGAGUCACAGAAUAUUGUGGUACGAUACAAUAAGUCAUUCCAAGUAGAAUAAUCCCAACAUGACGUUUGCUAUGGAUUUCACAUAAAAUACAUUGUCUUUUUAGAUACGGAAUGGCUUCGCGUAUUUACUGUACACAGUUCUGGCAUGAGAACAAAUUGCUGGCUAGACACCCGUCUUGCAAUGUGUAACUUCGACAUGAAUUAAACCAAGCAAUAACCUGCGUUAUUGUUAAUUCAUUUCCAGCCUCUACUUCAUAGCUUAUAGGCUGGAGAAUUUAACCAAUUUUUCAGUCGCAGCAUAUAAGAUAGCUAUAGUUUUGCAGCGUCUCUACUUCUGUGACGCACCGGCUUUCUUACACAAUGAUCCAUAAGAUCGUGCACGUUCGACCACUAAAAAUCCUAAUUCUCUUCUACCCUUUACUUCUCUUGUAUUUUUUGUGUCCAAUCAAAAGGUUUCCACCACUCAGCGAACUGUAAAACCUUCUUCUUUUGAGUUUGGAAAUUCUCUUUCCUUGGUUUCUUCCAAAUAAAAGGUUCUAAUUCCAACAUACCACCGACGAUUUCCUAGAAUAAAAACGAGCUAUUUUUUUUAUUUUUGACAAAGCACUUUUAAAGAAAAAAGGCAACGUUCCCUUCUCUUUACUUCGAUUAAAACAUGCAAGUUGUC